UGAAAGUGCAAAAGAAAGAAAGAAAGAAAGAAAGAACUUGUACUGGGGCGGAAGUGUUCUGGUCACGUGAACCGGUGCGUCUCCAUGACAACAACAGUGGAUGAGAGUAUCUUUUCAUAACGCGACAGAACGUAAGGGAAAAGCAUGGCAGAAACCGUUGAUGGUAAAAAAGAGGAGGCCGACUACAAAAGACUGCACAGCUUUCCGCUCAUCCGGCACACAGAUAUGCCAGAAGAGAUGCGAGUGGAGACAAUGGAUCUCUGUGUCACUGCCUGUGAGAAAUUUGCCACCAAUAAUGAGAGUGCUGCCAAAAUGAUCAAGGAGUCUAUGGAUAAGAAGUUUGGCAAUUCAUGGCAUGUGGUGAUCGGUGAAGGGUUUGGGUUUGAGGUGACCCAUGAAGUGAGGAACCUGCUGUAUAUGUUCUUCGGGGGAAGUCUGGCCGUUUGUGUGUGGAAAUGCUCUUGAUGUCACUUCCUGGCAACAACAAUCACCACUGUGAGAUGUUUAUACUCACAGACCUGUCUUAACUAUGCAGUCCUAUUUUACUUGACUAUAUAUGUGUGUGUGUGUGUGUGUGUGUGUGUGUGUGUGUGUGUGUGUGAGCGUGUAUUUAUCACUUUGUGGGGACCAAAUGUCCCCAUAAGGAUAGUAAAACCCGAAAUGUUUGACCUUGUGGGGACAUUUUGUCGGUCCCCAUGAGGAAAACAGCUUAUAAAUCAUACUAAAUUAUGUUUUUUGAAAAUGUAAAAAUGCAGAAAGUUUUCUGUGAGGGUUAGGUUUAGGGGUAGGGUUAGGUUUAGGGGAUAGAAUAUAAAGUUUGUACAGCAUAAAAACCAUUAUGUCUAUGGAAAGUCCCCAUAAAACAUGGAAACACAACGUGUGUGUGUGUGUGUGUGUGUGUGUGUGUGUGUGUGUGUGUGCGUGCAUGAGUGUGUGAGUGAAAUUGGGGCAAAGAGAAAGAGCGAAACAGAUUCCUGAGCAUUUCACACACUUUCUGCUCUCAACAGAGCAUUUUGUUGAGUGAAAAUCCCAGAAGAUCAGCAGUUACAGAAGUACUCAAACCAGACCAUCUGGCACCAACAAUCAUCCAUUCGAUUAUCUAAUCAGCCAAUUGUGUGGCAGCAGUGCAAUGCAUAAUAUCAUGCAGAUACUGGUCAGGAGCUUCACAUCAACCAUCAGAAUGGGGAAAAAGUUUGAUCAGUGAUUUGGACUGUGGCAUGAUUGUUGGUGCCAGAUGGGCUGAUUUGAGUAUUUCUGUAGCUGCUGAUCUCCUGGUGUUUUCACACACAACAGUCUCUAGAAUUGACUAAGUAUGGUCCAAAACAAAAAACAUACAGUGAGCGGCAGUUCAGUGGACUGAAAUGCCUUGUUGAUGAGAGAGGUCAACAGAGAAUGGCCAGAUUUGUUCAAACUGAGAAAGUUUACUGUAAUUCAGAUAACUGCUCUGUACAAUUGUGGUUAGAAGAAUAUAAUCUCUGAAUGAUAUUCUGAGAUGCGGGUCGGCGCAGUUUUGAUGGCAUGAGGUGGACCUACACAAUAUUAGGCAGGUGGUUUUAAUGUUGUUGCAUUUUAAUGGUGUGUGUAUAUAUAUAUUGAUAUUAGGGCUGUCAAUCGACACGGUGUCCCAAUUAAUUAAUCGCGAUUUAUCGCAUAUACAAAUAUUUGCUGAGAAAGCCCCUCAUAUAACAAUAAUUCAAUAUAUAAUGAUGAAAUAAUUAUACAUAGUUAUCUUUAAAUAUUUAUAAAUGAUUUAUAUAUAUAUAUAUAUAUAUAUUGUAGCAGAAGAGUUAAUCAUUGAUAAGACCAUUCAAAAAGCGGCUUUAGAAUACAAUGUAUUGUUUACUACCAUAUUAUUGAUCAUAAGUCAAUCAUUGGCAUACAGUUCACAGGAAUCCAUUUCACAAGUGAAUUUGUCAAUCAGUUCAAGAUUCAUUAUGAGGGCUUGUUUAAGGACCCGUCAAUGUACACCUGCAUCAGACAUGCUUGUGUAGCAUCUCGGUUGCGUCAUAAACAUAAAAUGUUUAGGUCACUGUUUCAAGUUAAAUAUAGUUUAAUACUUAGAACACAUCUUGAGAUCCCUUAGUUCGAAUUUGCGCUCCAAGUGUUUUGAACGCAAGAACUUAACGCAUGUCUGUGUUGCGCUGUCUGCUGGAUGGUUGUUUUGUUCAUGGUAUAAACUGAAGUUUCACUUACUGCCCUCUGGAGUAAAUAGGUGGUACUACAAGCUUACUUUUCUCAGGAAUCUUCCUUAUUACGAUCCGGGGGCAUUGAGGUUAAUUGCGUAAAUUUAUUUAACACGUUAUUUUUAAUAAAAUGAAUCGCUCUCAAUUAACGCAUUAAAUCGACAGCCCUAAUAUAUAUAUACAUAUAUAUAUAUAUAUAUAUAUAUAAGUGAAAAAUCAACAUUAUGCCACAAACACUGUUAAUUGUGCUUAACUUGUUUGAACCCGUAACAUUCUAUCAAAACACGGAUUUAAAGUCAACAUGUAAUCAAAAUUGACCCUAUUAACUCUAAUAAUUUGUUGUGGUCUUAUUGAUUCAUUGGUGUACUUAAAUCAGAGAAGAAAUAUGGUUAUCUUUGUCAUUUUUCAUCAAAAUGAAAUGACUAGCUCCUCUCAAACAUCUUUGCUUUUUGGCUGAUGUCACCAAGCCCUCUUAUUUUUAAACCCUGCUCCUUAAACCAAAUGGCUUAAUUUUUUCCAUUACUAUUUACAAUACAAUUAAUUCCCAAUGGAUAAAACAAAGUGACACCCUAAAAUAGUUUCUCGCUCUGUGUGGUGUUUCACUCAAAAAUGCAUCGUAUUAUGAAAGUAAAAUGGGUUGUGAAUAAUUUCAUGCUGACUUUAAGGUAGGUUUGGAUGAAAUCACUGACUUAGUUUACAUGGACAAUACAAAGCCAUUUAUUGCGAGAAAGCUGCUUGAGGCUGGAAAUCAGUGUAUGCGUUUACAUGAGCUGUGUUCGCAGCUUUAACUUUCUCUUUACUCGAGACAUUCCUUACAUUUAACUUUUUUCACUUUUUUCCUGUUUACAUCCGGCACGGUCAGUAAGCAGCUUUCUCAACAGCAACUGAAUUUCCCUGCGAUGCUUGAGUAAAUAAGCAAACAUGGCAUCCGAGGAAGUCUUCGCUAUUUUGUUCUCCGUUGCUUCACUUUGUUUCCAGAUAUUCCAGAGUUGUUGCUGUGUUAGUUUCCAUCGCGUCCUGCAGCGAAAUUGCACUGCAAUAGUGGGGUUUCCCUCUUAUGUAAAACUCCUGGAUACCCCAAUGUAAAAGUGCAUAUACACGAACGUGAGGGACUGUUAAUAUUUUACAUUGUCGUAUAGUUUACAGUGUAUGUGCUUUUCCCACUGUACUCCCAGAAAUGUUGAAUUCUUGAAUUAUUAGUUCUGUUCUGUUGCAUUUGUUUGGCACGUUGACUUUGGAGUGUGUUUGCUAUGUGAGGCAAUGCAGAACAGAAUGUGUAUUGCACUCCAAUUCAUGUGUCAUCUUGAAAAUGCAUCUUUCUCUCUGUCCUUCUGUCUCUCUCUCUUAUAUUCUGUUACCUAUCCAACAAUGUACUGUGUCUCUCUCAGUGGGCUGCUCUACCACCUGUUUCAAAUUACUCUCUCACUCACUGUUGUUCUUUUUACUAUCCUUUCAUUCUAACCUCUCAGGAAUCUUGUGUUGUCUGUUUUACCCUCUUUACGUACUCAGCAUUUUUAAAAUAUGAAUACUUGAACACUAUGUAAUAAUUUUUUUAUAUAAUUUUUUUUUAUUAGGCAACUUGAAGUUUUAUUUAGUGACACAUUAAUAAUACAACUAGUAUUGUUCCCUUUUCAACCAUUUUACAGCCCUGAAUUUCAUAAAUUCUAAAGCCUGAAUCUACAAACUAUUAAUGUACUUGUCAUACGGGGCCGUUCAUACCAAACUUGUCCUUGUGCUAAAAACAGGCUAGACGCAGCACGAAUAGAAAUGAGUGCAGGUGACUUUGAAAGAAAGAUGAUUUUUUUUUGAAGAUUUUCUUUUUUUAACCUGACAUGGCAUCUAAAAUAUAUGCUGCUCCUGUGCGAGAUUCUUAGAAAACAGUGAAGCGCGGCGCAAUGGUAAAAGACAUCGGUCUAGCUGGCACAUGUUUACAUAGAAAAACAGUUGAUGAAGUCUGUCUUGCACUUGUUUACAUAGAACAGUUGCAGACAGUGUUGCAGAUGCACACAAAAGCUGGUUUGGUGUGAACGACCCCUUGAGUUAGUAUUCUUUAGACCUGUUCAGGCCGUAAUUGUUGUUUUACAUUGGGCUGAGAUGUUUCAGCAUUUACUGGUGCUAGUUGGUCAUCGGAUAUGACACUGAUGUUAUUUGGAGAAAAAUCUCCAAUUACAGUACUGACUGUUUUUUGAUAAACACCAGAUUUGUGUGAUAAUUUAUUUCCAGUCUGAAUUGACAUCUCUGUGUUUACAAGGAGAAAUCUUUUUGACCACUGCUAAGUGCCAUGGAGUGAUUUUUGACACUUUUGGUAAUGAUCAUUUGGGUAUUUGGAUCUAUUGUGUCCAAAUGUUCUAUCCAAUGUUUUAGCCAUGUGUGAUUCCUUCUUCCAGGUUGGACAGCAACUCCCUCGAACCCUUGUGAAUUAAUGCACGAGUUGUAGCACAGAGGAACAAUGCAAAUGUUCUAUUACAGACAUCCUGAGAAACUAUUACCACCCGAAUAAUGCUUUGACCUCAGCUAUGGUUAAGUGCUGUACAGUUUUUAGUUUUUUUUCUUCCAGAAUGUUCUAUACUUCUCUUCCUGCUGUUCUAAAAUGCAGUAAUCACCCCUGAAAUUGUAUUUUUAUUUAGAAUUUAAUGACUUUAUUCAAAUCUUCUGUUACAUUUUUAAAUAAUCUUUGUCA